AUGGUGGGUUUGACUGUGAGAGACCCUGUGGUGGAUCGUUCUCUACAUUGGGUGUUUGUGGGGAACAUUCCAUAUGAGGCUACUGAACAGCAAUUAAAGGACAUCUUUUCUGAGGUUGGACCUGUUGUUAGUUUCAGGUUGGUAUAUGAUAGGGAGACAGGAAAGCCAAAAGGUUGUGGCUUCUGUGAAUACCAAGACCAGGAGACAGCACUUAGUGCCGUGCGAAACCUAAAUGGGUGUGAAUUCAGUGGGAGAGCACUUCGAGUGGACAAUGCUGCCAGCAAAGAGAACAAAGAAGAGCUGAAGAGCCUUGGCACUGGUGUCCCUGUCAUUGAGUCACCUUAUGGAGAGACCAUCGAGGAUGGUCUGAGGAUGCCCCUGAGUCCUGAGGAUGCCCCUGAGUCCAUUAGCAAAGCAGUUGCCAGUCUUCCACCAGAACAGAUGUUUGAGCUGAUGAAACAAAUGAAGCUCUGUGUCCAGAAUAGUCCUCAGGAAGCACGGAACAUGUUGCUUCAGAACCCUCAACUGGCUUAUGCUUUGCUACAAGCCCAGGUAGUGAUGAGAACUGUGGAUCCAGAAAUUCCCUUGAAAAUUCUGCGUCGCCAGACAAAUAUCCCAACACUGAUUGCAGGCAACCCUCAGACAGUCCACAGCGCUGGACCUGGCUCAGGAUCCAAUGUGUCGAUAAACCAACAGAAUUCUCAGGCCCCUCAGGCCCAGUCUUUGAGUGGAAUGCAUGUCAAUGGCGCACCUCCUCUGAUGCAAGCUUCUCUGCAGGCUGGAGUUGCAGCACCAGGGCAGAUACCAGCGACCGUAACAGGACCUGGCCCUGGUUCCUUAGCGCCUGGAGGAGGAAUGCAGGCCCAGGUUGGAAUGCCAGGGAGUGGACCAGUGUCCAUGGUGGGACAAGUGCCGAUGCAAGACCCCAGAGCAGCUAUGCAGCGUGGGCCCUUGCCUGCCAACGUCCCAACUCCUCGAGGUCUGUUGGGAAACGCUCCAAAUGACCCAUGCAGAGGCACUUUCCUUUCUGUAACUGGAGAGGUAGAGCCUAGAGGUUACCUGGGACCACCUUUUCAGGGUCUGCCCAUGCACCAUGUCCCUGGCCCUGACAGCUGCGGCCCACCCCCACAUGAGAUGAGAGGAGGGCCAUUAGCUGAGCCCAGACCUCUAACGGCAGAGCCAAGAGGACCCAUGCUAGAUCAGAGGGGUACACCAUUGGAUGGCAGAGGUGGAAGAGAUCCCCGAGGCAUAGAUGCACGAGGUAUGGAGGCACGAGCCAUGGAGGCCCGUGCAGUGGAAGUCAGAGGGAUUGAGGCCAGAAGCAUGGAUACAAGGGGCCCAGUCCCAGGCCCUAGAGGCCGUAUACUUUGUGGAACAGGUCUCAGUCCAAUUAACAUGGGGGCAGUUGGCCCCCAGGGAUCCAGACAUGUCGCAGUCAUGCAAGGAGUGAGCAUUCAGGGUGGAGGCCAGCCUGGUGGCUUUAGUCCUGGCCAGAACCAAGUCACAACACAGGACCAUGAGAAGGCUGCUUUGAUCAUGCAGGUUCCUCAACUAACUGCAGACCAGAUUGCCAAGCUUCCUCCUGAGCAGAGGCAGAGUAUCCUGAUCUUAAAGGAACAAAUACAGAUGCCUACUGGAGCGCCUUAA